UGAAACAAGACUCAACAGUGUACAGUAUCAACACGUCUAUAAAUAUUGUUUUUGAAUAAACGAACAAUAUUCAUUUGAAUAUCGCAAGUAGAUUUUUAAUAUUGUAAUUGUUAACUUGAAAGCCUUGCGAAAUAUAAUGCAUAGAACUUGUAAUUCUUUAUGCUUUUAAUAUCACCAUACAUAAUAUGGAAGAUAAGCCAGAAGAAGUGAUAUCCACACAAAAAAAAUUACAAUCAUCGCAUGACCCUGGAUGGAAUGAUCCACCAAGCUGGGCAUUUACUCCAUCCCCAACAGCUACCAGUGGAACACCAACAAAAAGACUAUUAAAUAAAAGAGUGGCAUUUCCUUUAAACUCUAAGCCAGAAACCGCAAGCACAUUGUUACAUCAAACUAUACCACCUGUAGGCUUACCACCACCAACUAACAUUGGUAGUUUGACAACAGCACCUCAUAAGCCUUUUGUGGCACCUACCAAUGCUCAAAUUGGAGAUUCAACCUCAAAUUGGGAGAUGAGUAAAGAAGAUGCUUUGAAGAAUACUCUAGAGAAUCUACGCUGCCUGACUAAAGAGCUGGAGGCAAGUAAAACUGAAGAAAUUGAAAGGAGAUUAGAAAGGAUGGAAUCAAUGUGGAAUGAAGAUAAGCUCAAUAAUGAUGUGCACAAAAAAGUAUUAGAAAUAUCUCAAGCUUUAAAGGACAACGAUGCAGAGAAAGCCGAUCAACUGCAUGUCUCUCUUAUGAUGAAUAAUGCUUCAAUGUGUAGUUCCUGGAUACCCGGCUUGAGACAAUUAAUAACAGAAUUGAAAAGUAUGGUGAAGUAACGUGAUAUGAUUGUAGAAAAUUAUAAUUUUUGUAAAAACGAAUUUAAUUUAUGUAACUAUUUUGUGAUUAAUACGCUGUUAUCGAGUGAAUAGGGACUAAAUAACAAAAUACUAUU